AUGUUUCGCGCCUGCCUUCUCAGCCGCGUGGCGCCAAGCGCAAUUCUAUUUAACAAGGGAAAGGUGAUAUCGUGGAUGUCGGGACGCGGCUUCGGGUUCAUUGAGGAUGACGCGGACAAGAAACAACACUUCGUCCACUUCUCCGCUUUACAGACUGAAACCGGCGGUUUUCGCUCUCUUACGGUUGGUCAGGAAGUCGAGUUCGAGGUUGCCUCGCAAGAUGGGCGCACACGUGCCGAGAAUGUGACUGCCGCAGGCGGAGCUAAACUCCCGUCCGGGCCCCGCCCACCAGAGGGCAUGGGCCGUGGUCGCGGUGGUGGCCGUGGCGGGCGUGGCUUUGGUGGACGUGGCGGCCGCGGCCGUGGUGGCGGUGACUACCAGCAGCAGCACGGCGGGAGCAACCAGAGCCUCAGCGACGAUUUCUAA